AUGGUGGUUACUACCAUUGCUGAGUUGGCAAACGUGCGAGAAGAUGCUUUACGCUUGUUACUUUCUGUACUAGCAGGUUAUCCUCUGGCAUUCAUCCACAGAUCUUUCUUCUGCAACAAAUCUCCUACAACCCAACAUACUUUCUUUGUAGUGGCUGGAGUCCUUUUGUAUUUAUUUAAUUGCGGAUUUGCUAUUGUGCACAGUUUGAUAUCUAUUGUUUUGGCCUAUGUUAUCACAAAUUACUUUGCUGGAACACAGAUUUCUAUCAUUGCUGCUCACACUUGUUUCCUGGGACAUCUUCUCUUGGGAUAUGCAUAUGCUGAGACUGAUCAGUAUGAUAUUACCUGGACUACUCCUUUCUGUAUCAUGACCCUCCGUUUCAUCGGACUUGUGAUGGAUGUUCAUGAUGGAGUUCAUUACGAGAAAAGCAAAGCAGAUCAGAAGCUGACUGCUAUCCGUGAAGUUCCAGGAUUAUUGGAGAUCGCUGCUUUCGGUCUCUUCUUCACUGGUACACUUGUUGGACCUCAAUUCACUCUUGCACGUUUCCGUUCUUUCGUCAACGGAGAACAUUUAGAUGAAAACAGAAAACCCAAAGAUUCAGCUAUUAUGGUGUCUCUUGGCCGUUUCCUGUUUGGAGUCUUCUACAUGGUCAUUCAUCAAUGGGGAGCUGUUUGGAUUCCUUCUGAUUAUUUCAACACACAAGCCUUCUUUGACUUACCUUUCUUCUGGAGAUGGACCUGGGUUACUCUUUGGUUCCGUUUGACUAUGUACCGCUAUUGUGCUAUGUGGUUGAUCACCGAAGGAGCUGCUAUUCUUACCGGAAUCGGGUACAAUGGAAAAGACGAAAAGGGCAAUGAUAGAUGGGAUGGCGUUCGCGAUCUUCACAUCACUACAUGGGAAACAGGUCACGAUUUCAAUUCAAUUGUUCUCAGCUUCAAUUGUGGAACGAAUACAUUCGCUAAGAAUCAUUUGUUCCGUCGUCUUCGUUGGCUCAACAGCAAGCCUCUUGCCCAUGUUGCUACCUUGAUGUACUUGGCCAUUUGGCAUGGAUACCAUCUUGGAUAUUUCCUUCUCUUCCUUUUCGAGUUUGCCUGUAUGGUUGCUCAAGAACAACUCUAUGCUUUGAUCAAGAGAACUCCUGGAUGGCCAGAGCUUAUUGCUCAACCAUGGGCUCGUCCAUUCAUUUGGAUUUUCGGAAAACUCUCCAUCAGUUACAGCAUGGGAUUUGUUUUCCUUUGUUUCGGUUUGAUAAAAACGAAAUACUGGUGGGCGCCAAUCAAGUCAUUGUAUUUCGUUGGUUUCUUCUUCUAUUUUCUGGUGUGGCCAAUCCUCUUCCAAGUGUUGUUACGAGUUCUGCCGAAGCACAAAAAAGCAGAAGGAGAGAAAGCAGAAAAGAAGAAAGAGUUAUAA